UUCGUCGUCGUCGUCAUCAUCAUCAUACUGCUACUUCCAUGGCGGCUAUUCUUUUUUUUUUUUUUAAAUCCGGUCAAAGUCGCCAGGUUGAACUUGACCACGACCCAAACUUUUUGAACACUACCUCCUCUUCUGCUCAUAAAAAUGCUAUCCCCUCCUCCAACACAAAAAAAUAACCCCUAUACAUAUAAUAAUAAUAACAAUAACUAACCAAAACAUUACAACUAAUUUGCAUAAGUAGAUACACAGUAGCUCAAGUUGCAGAAGUGGAAGGAGAAAGGGAAUUAAGAAAGAAAAGAAUCAUCGUCGUCGUCGUCGUCGUCAUCGUCGUCUUGCAGCUGCAGGUAUGUUGGGGAGAAAGAGAGAAGUUGUACUGAGGAAGGGUGAUGGAGAAGACAGUAGUAAUACAGCUCAUCAGGGAGCCGUUGCAACUGCAGAAGUCGGCGGCUACAGUGAAACCAUCUCCGACUUCAUUUCCCAGUCUGAUGAGGCUUCAAGGAAGAGACUCGAGAGCAUGAACAGGAGGCUGAGGGAGUUGGAGCUGCAAAUGGAAGCUCUCGAGGCUGAGAUUACUAAAGCUAGCAGUUUGUCAGGGACUUAGAAAAAGUUUCAGCCAAGUUCAAGUCCCUGGCCCAAUUUCGCUAAGUGGGCAACGGAAGAGGCAUUGUUUAGGAAGCAAAGCUCUUAUGGGAGAUGGAGCAUUUUGAAACUGCAGCUAUUAAUAAUGCCUCAAGAAAUGGGUCCAGUGGAAACACAAAAGGUUAUGAGCAACCCUUAUUAAGUUCACUUUGCAUUAAUGUUGGCAGUUUUCUCUAUAUCCUGGAGGGCUAUAAAUAGGAGAAUAGUUGAGGCCAAAGAGAUAGAGAGAAUUGUACGUGCUUGUAAUCCACAUUUUCUAAGUAAUAGAGUACUUAGUUUUUUUCGCAAAAAUUUUGUUGCUUUUUUUUCUUUGUUGCACUUAGUCGUAGGAUGCGAAGGUCUGGACUAGCAAACAGAAAGCAAAACUUACCCAUCUUCAUUGAGGAAGCGAGCGCCACACAGGCUUUGUGAGCAAAAUUCUUAACUA